UCUCUCAGAUUAGACUGUAAAACUGUAGUAUUAUCAGUGCAUUGAUCUUUUCUAGCAGUUAGUUAGAGCUCAUAUCUGCGUUAUUUCAGAGGGCCGAGCUGACAAACCCACGGCCGUUGAUCACGCUGUCAGUGGCUCUUCUCGCGCCUUAUUGGUGGAAACCAGGUGGAUGGGGCGUGGCCAUCGCUAGAAUGAAUCCGAUUGGUUCCCCCUCAGCGCGAGACCCUGUACCGCAGGAGAAAUGGAGAUCAGGUUUGAUGAUUCUGUGAAUCCUAGCGCGGUUUAAGAUCCGCGGUACGGGGUUUAUAUCUUUUUGGAUUUGUGUUCAGACCCCCAUCACACACACACACACACACACACGCAGCCCCGAGUUGCUUUUAAACGGCGACGGAUUUCGACGAGUGACGCAAUCGAUUCGGGCCGCCACCAUAGGACCGCGCGCGAGCUCGUUGCUGCAAGCAUCGAUCAGGAGGAUGGCCGGCGCGAGCGCGAGCGGUGGCUGUCAGAAAAUUCGCGGCGCGCAGCUGCACGAGCUGCUCGAGUCCAAACAGAGCGUGCUGUUCGACUGCGACGGCGUGAUCUGGAACGGAGAGACGGCGGUGCCGGGAGCCCCCGAGGUGGUGCGCGCGCUCAAGCGGCGCGGCAAGCAGGUGUUCUUCGUCACCAACAACUGCACCAGGCCGAGGCAGAGCUACGUGCAGAAGUUCGAGCGGCUCGGCUUCGGCGACGUGCGCGAGCAGGAGAUCUUCAGCUCGGCGUACUGCUCGGCUGCCUACCUGCGCGACGUCGCCGACUUUAGCGGCAAGGUGUUCGCCAUCGGCUGCCCCGGCGUGCACACCGAGCUGCGGGACGCCGGGCUCACCGUGGUCGAGGAGGAGGAGGACGAACCGGACGUCAGCAUUUCCAACUGCGCGCUGGACUCGGAUGUCCGCGCCGUGCUCGUGGGCUACGACGAGAAAUUCACAUUCAUGAAGCUGGCCAAAGCCUGCUGCUACUUGCAGGACUCGGAGUGCUUGUUCCUGGCCACUGACCCCGACCCCUGGCACCCUCUGCGCGGAGGAAGGAUCACACCAGGUUCUGGGAGUUUGACUGCAGCUUUGGAAACAGCCAGCAGCAGGAAGGCCACGGUGAUUGGCAAACCGAGCCGUUUCAUGUACGAGUACAUCACCAGCCAGUUCGAUUUAGACCCAGAGAGCUCUUUGAUGGUUGGCGACCGCUUAGAGACUGACAUCGUCUUCGGCGUUAACUGUGGCCUUUCCACAGUGCUCACGCUAACGGGCGUCUCGACCUUCGAGCAAGCCCAGGUAUACAAGGACAGUGACGACCCAAAGAAGAAGGACUUUGUGCCCGAUUAUGUGGUGGAGAGCAUCGCAGAUUUCUUGGAGGCUUUGGAGGAGUAGUGGGGAAAAAAGGGACAGGGCAGUUACGAACUUCGUAAUAAGCCCCAGAGCAUACAGCUUUUUGCCUGGUACCCAACAUGGUCAUUACUGUAUGUCCAAUGCUGUUAUUCAUGGUGUACAAAUAUAUGUAUGCGUCAUCGUCGUCGGAGUUUUCAACUAUCAUUACUGUGUUUGAUGACAUGGACAUAUGAUGUGUUUAAACUACUUGAAUGAAUAAUGAGCACAUUUUGAAAAGGAGUAGCUUAGCCAAAUACCAUGGUGCACUUUUUGUCCUUAUCCUGGGUGUUGAUCAUAUUUGAUUUAAUGAGUUUGCUUUUUUCAAAGUUUGCCAAGAACAUGUGACUAACCAGUAAGAGAAGCUUAGCCAGAGCCUGACCUUUCCACUUGCUUACAUCACUAUUAUAGACAUUCAAUUCUAUGCAUAUUCACUGAAGGAAGUGGUUAUGUAGAGUUAUAUAUAACUGUUCAUUCCGACCAAGUAAUCUGUUUGGGCGAAAAGCAUUUUACGAAUGGUGUUUUAAGGCAUAACAGCACUGGGACAUUAAUUAGAGCAUUAAUUACAUAAUUACACUAACUUUCGUUCGCCAACAUGGGUAAAAGUAGGUCGGUACAGUCCGCAGUAGUCAUGUGUCUAGGCCCACAUUUUUAAUGGUGGCACUAAUCCUCUUCUGUAUGUUUCAGACCUGCCAGACCUGCCAAUCCUUAAUGAUUAAUAAUGAGAAUAAUGAAACAGAGACCUGUAACAGGACACCACCAAUCUUAGGUUUAUGCAUAAAAUGAGUGCUUUAACAAAUAGCUCAUCUUUGAGGAAACUGAAACAUUUUCAGAUGCCAAACUUUUUUCACUGUUGCUCUGUGAAAAAGUUCGGAAACAUCACUUUCUAUUUAUUGUGACUAGAGGUUUGCGAUUAUAUUGAUUAUGCAUCGAUUCACAUUUUGAUUACAGGUAGUCCCCAACUUACGAACAUUUGAGUCAUGUCUAUUAUACAAAAAAUAAACCCUGCAGUACACCAGAUGCCAAUCUUUACCAUUAUAUACAAUAUUUUCAGUGUGUAAGUAAAUGGAUAAAAUGUCUAAAGACAUUAUAUUAUAUAAUGUCUUUUGUAAUAUUUUAUGUGUGCGUGUGCGAAAGAAAUUAAUCUGCCUCACCAGUUUUAAUGAAUCAGUCCGGGAGCACAGCUGUCCUGAUGGUGAAAAAUCCUCAACAAAUCAGAGUUUACAGUCCAAUAUAGUGGAAAACAGCUCAAGAUUUAGAGAAAACGGAGACAAAAUGAUGUCUGGGAUUCCCCUCGCAUUUUUAAAGGCGCAGAGACAUUAUUUAACCUCGAGAUUCAGGUCCUUAGACGCAAUGAAGUUUUUUGGCCACAAGAUGGCAGUGUGGGGUAAGGGGACAGAUUUGAUCAAGUGGAUUGGUAUCCUUUACAUUGUAUAUUCGUGCCAAAGACAUAUAAGACUCACUUUGUCAGACUUAAGAACAAAUCAGACUUAGAAUGUGCUCCUGGAACAGAACUUGUUCAUAAGUAGAGGACUACCUGUUUACAGCAUGAGUACACCUACCAGUGUGUAGGCGUACAAGAUUGGAGUGUGGCACAAGAUUGGCUGGAGAAAACAUUAUCACAUGACAUUUUAACAAUUAACAACACAAAUUACACAGCAUUUCUCUGCUUAUUAGAUACUUUUAGUAGUUUUUAAUACAUGAACAAAAACUAAUUAAACGUUAGUUCAACUGACUCGACUCUAACAAAAAAACUGCAAAGCUCAAAAAUGUAAUUGAAUUGACAAGUGAACUUACAUUGCAGCUCUAAUAAUGACUUUUAAUUGGCCAAAAGUUGCAUAAUAUGAGAUUGUUGGAAGUGCGUAGAUCUUGCAGUCGGUGCGAGGUAAUGUUGAAGAGAUCAGAACCCUUACGUGAUUGUCGGUCAUUCCAGAUUUUUAUACCUUUUGUAGACUUUUAUUGAUGGAGUGGAGUGGAGAAGGUUAUAGUGUAAUGAAAAGGUAAACCAAGACUACAGUAUCUGUGGAUUAUAUUAAGGGAUCACAAAAUUUAACGACUGUACUGCAUUCUUGUUAGUCUUUUACACUAGAAGUAAACCGACUACCUCAUAGUACUUUUUCUGCUUGCCUGAUGCUUUCACUCCACAAGUUUUCACACCACAUUAUCACUGAUUAUUUAGCCACAUGCUGAUUUCAUUUUUCAAGAAGGAUUUUGUAAUUAAUGCUGAGCUUGACGACCGCUUGGUAACGAUGUACUGUUGUGUGGUAAAGCCCUGAGCCACGCCUCAUUUUCACAUAUUACAUUAAAUAAAAUGAUGUAGAUGAAAUAAAAUAAAUGGGAACAAUUCUUUUUACUGCAAAGAGCCAGACAGAAAAAAAAGAGAGCUUGCUAAAAAUUUUAGUUAAAAAAUUUCCUUUAGGAAGCCUGGAGACCUGUUCCUCAAUACUGCAGUAAAAUGUAAGAAUGUCUGUUUUUUUGGAAGCAAAAUCUGAAGAAAUGAGGGUGCUCAAGCCUUAUGUUCAGGACUGUAUGUGCAUGCAGUGUCAGUAAAUUUGAAAAUCACAUGGGAUUCUACAUCAGCCAAACUUUUUUGAUUAGAAAGAAAUCAAUUUUUGUCAUGAUGUCCUUCUGUAAAUUAUUUUUUAGAAAAGCAUGCUUGAUCGGCUUGAUCUUGGUAAAUGGAAAAGUUUUUGCUUUGUCGGAACUAUUCCUUUCAGUUUAAACUCGUGAAAAACCCCUGCUGUAAUUACUAGAACGCAUGGCAAACGUGGUAAUCCCAUGAAUGAAGAAACUCUUUGGGGCGAUCAAGAAAAGGCAUGCCACACACGCCCGAUGAAAUCAAACACUGUCUUUGUUAAUAACUUUGUAAUUGUGUACAUUAUUGCUGGAAUUUCCCUGUGACGUCUCUUACGCAGCAGCAGGCACUCUUUCCAUAGUUUUAUUUAAUUGUAUAAUAAAAUACGACUGAGAUGUAACUUGUGGAAAACGUACUGUAAUGAGACUGUGGUAACAUUUAUUUAUUUAUUUAUUUAUUUACUUAUUCAUGCACCUGUAGGGAAUUAAUUCCUAACACAGCGUUAUAAAAUUCAGCAUUCCAAUUGGUCCGUAGGCAUCGAUUAAUAAAAAAAAUAUAUAUAUAUAUAUACAGUAUAUAAAAUUUCUGCAUUAUUGUUUCUAUAGUAACAACUUUAAACUUCAAUUUAAACAUGGCUAAUUGUUGAUAUGGUGAAGUUUUCUGUAGAAACAUGUUUGAUUUUGAGUCUACCGUGUCAGUGUUUUGUAACAGACAGACGUGUAGCUGUAAUUUUUAUUAUUUUCCAACAGAAGUUUACUGUUUGUAGUUGUUAAAUUUACUGACUUUUCAAGAUAGAUAGAGGAAAAGAGCUGCUCAUGAUGACUGUUUAUUCAGUAUAUAAUGACAGGAACUAGUUUGUUUCUGAUGCUUUAUAAUGCAAACUGCAGUGGUAAAAGUGGAAUAAAACACUUCAGGACAUAUCGUGGUUGAAAAAUAAUCAGCAUUGGGACACUAGCCAUUUAUUCUUGUGUUGUUUAUUCCUUAUUUAUUAUCCAACUACAUCGUGUCGCGUCUCACUAGCUAUAGUUGUUCGCAUAAAAUGAAUAUAUUUGCAUUCUUAUUAUUAUACAUUUAAUCAUUCGACAAUCAAUUUAAUUUCUAACUUGCCUGCUUAAGUUGUGUCCCAAGUGGGUUCUGCGGUUCUAGCAGCUGCAUACUUUUUAUUUAUUGAACAUGAAGUCAGUGCCGUAGCUAAGUCUUGAUUUUUUUGUUUGUUUGUUUGUUUUUCCCGCAGCUCUUCCUGAGUGGUGCAGUGUUCGUUAUAAAUAAAUCUAGUUUCUAAAACUUUAUAAAUGUGCUAUUUACGCGGUGUCCACCUAGAUUUUAACCUGGAUUUCUAAAGAACAGUGCCAAUUUUUGGAAUCCUUGGAUGAAAAGUGAUCAUUCGCAAAUUAGUGUUUUUAUUUUACACCACACUCUUGGCUGAUUAUUUCAUUCAGUCUGAUGACUUUUUUUUUUUUUUUCUUACUGAAAGUUUAAAUUUUUGCAUCAGUAGUGUGUGAAUGGCGUCGUAAUGCAAGUGUAAUUGAAAAUCAAUAAUAAUAAAAAAAACAAUGUAAUUAUUGUUAUUAUAAUAAUCAGUGGUCAUCUCGGUUCUAAAGUGGACUUGUGUGACUAAUCUAGAGCUUGCGUGGCUUUGUUCAUAUGUCUAGACUGGACAUUCUAAACCUCACAAUGUUUUUUUUUUUUUUUUUAAUGAAGCAAUUAAUUAAUUUAAUGUCUUGCUGUGAGAAUGGCAUAUACAUAGCUGUGACCAGGUUCAGCAUUACUGUUAUGUAAA